GUCACCACAGAGCCGGCCAUUGCACAUUAUCUACGAACCAUCGCGACUGGAUGUCUUGACGACCACGCGCGCCACACACUCUUUACCCAACGACGUCGCCAGACGACGCCCAGCUGAGCUGGCCUAAUCCCCGACGAUUGCCGUGGACCGGAUUCAUCUACCUAAUAAUACCGAACAACUCUCAUCAUGGGCUGCUGUGGAGACCGCGAGAAGGGUCUCAUCGUCACCGAGGAGCAGAAGUGGGAUUACAUUACCCUUGACGACUUCAGACGCUCCUCAUGCCUCACCCCUCUGUCAUAUGGCUGGCUAUGGAUUCUUUCACUCAUCAUGGCUGGCGCCUACGUCUCUGAUGGCUUUACCGCAAUCAGUCUACUCGCCUUCAACAAAUGGUCCAGCGAGAUCAAGCCGACAAUACCUAUCGACAUUGCCAAAUGGAUCUUCGUUGGCAGCAUCAUCGCCUCAUACGUGCUGCUAGCAGUCGACUGGAUUCGAGCAUACAGGGUCAUCCGUUCUGGUGGUGUUGCCAAUUGCUACCUCGACCCUCUUGCUGUUGUUCUUCAGAGCAUGCGAGUCAACCCUGGAGGCAAAGGGUGGAGGCGCUUCCUCGUCUUUGCCGAGUUGACCAAGAGCAAAAAGGGCGUUGACUAUAUUGCGCUUUUUGUCUACUUCCAGUUCAAGGGUGCUAUUGUCAUAAUUGUAGCCGAAGGACCUCGAGUAGUCAUCAACGCUCUUACCCUGUGGGCCGUCAUGAAAGCCAGCCUAAUCCCUAACGGACAGAAUAAGUCCACCGAUGGUCAUUCCAACUUCCAGCAGUUUUUCAUUAACCUCUCACAUCUUGCCCAGAACAACCGGACGGAAGUGGCUGUAUACGGAGCCAUGUUGUUCACGCUCGUCGUUUGGGUGAUAGCAGCUUUAUCUCUCUUGGUCGCUGUUUUGCUUUAUGUAGUGUUCUUGUGGCAUUACAUCCCGAGUAGCGACGGGAGGCUGUCGAUAUAUCUGAAACGGAAGAUUGACGCUCGUCUGGAUAGGAUUGUCGGUAAGAAAGUUAAGAAGGCGUUGGAGAAGCAGGAUGCAAAGCGUAGAAAGGAGGAGCAGAAGUCGACGAAGAAUGGUGGCCGCCCAGAUCAGCCUCAGCGAGUACCUACGCUACCAGUUCUCAACAGCGACGGCGACAAAGACUCUAUCUAUUCCGUGGAGACUACGACCACUCUUCCGCCGUACACUUCUCGGAGCAAUACCAUGAAUACUAGCAGGACUGGAGUGUCGAGAGCGCCUACCUUGCCGUCGUUCCCAGAGGAUGUCAAGCGGCCUAUGCCGCCGUCCCGUUCGGAGACCCAGUCAUCCGCGUACUCAAAUGCAAGCUACGGCUCCAAUGCACCUCUCCUCGGUCAAGCAAGCGAUAUGGGAUACGGAGGCCGAUCAGCUUCGCCUACUCCGUCAUUGCCUCCACUGGAUCGAAAUGCCGACUACUUUUCAAGACCUCCGAUGAACAGGGGAAUGACAGGAUCGCCAGGCCCUCAACGUCCAUACUCCCCCAUGUCUCAGGACCGAAGCUCGCCAGCACCCUCCAACGGCAUGCCUAUGCGACCGGAGAAUUCCUUCGGUCCUCCAUCCCGCAUCAAUACCAACUACACCUCGGAUAACCGCAACUCUCCUUCUCCCAUGAGUGCCAAUGAUUCUCGCCCAGGCCAAUCACCACGCUCAAACACUGCCGUCAGCACAGCAAGCCGUCGUGGCCCAGGACCCUCGCCCCUCGCCGACCCCAGCUUCUCCCCUUUCGACCACCGCGCUCCAGCUCAUGGUCCUGCCUACGAGAUGAGCCCCGUCGACAUGUCCCCUGUCGGGCCCGGCCACCAGCAACAGCGCAGUCAAAACCAAAUACCCUACCAAGGCGCUGACGACUACGACCCCUAUCGCGCGCCCACACCCGCGCAGCAAGGUCCGCUCACGAGCCUAAUCCCCGGCAACCCGCCCCCCUUGAACAACGGUGGAAAUGGCUACGCCUCUCAUAGUGCCACCCCCCCGCCUCGCUCCAACCCCGGCGCCGCUGCUCUUCCAUCAGUCCUGCAGGCCGCCAUACAGCGUCGUGAAGCCUCGAACCCGCUGCCCAACCGCGGUCCAGGGUCUACGCCACCGCAGAGAAGCGCGACAGCGCCGCUGCAGCCGCCUGGGUGGGCACAGGACGGUCCGAGGAGUCAGACGGCAGGGCCGAUGCAGCAACAGCAGCGACAACAGGGGUACGAUGACGUGGAUGGGUACUAUACCCAGCCGCAGGCGAGGGAGUGGUAGUGGUGUAGAAACUUCUGGAUGAAGGGGAUGUUGGAAAGGGAGUGCUAGAGGUGGCCUUGCCAGGCAGGAGGAUUUUACGACUUUCUUCAUGCAUCAUGUGGCGCGGCGACUUUUUUGAUAGGAUACCUUCGUUUUUUUUUUCCCUUUUUAUGUGUUGCAUAUUUCUUAUUGUUAGUCCUGGCCUACGGGCUAGGGGUUAUUGAUACCUGGGGUUGGGAAGGAGAGGGGGGAUUUAGAGGACGAUAGAUAGAGAAUGGUGGGUGCCCAGCGGCGCUAUGUCUGAGAUAUUUAUGAAAGUAUUUGAUCGG